AACAUUGUUUGCAUCUCCUACGUGCUACAUACCACAAAAUUUGUACGACCAUCUCCGUUCAUACAUACGUGUAGCAGCCCUUAAGAUGAGGAUCGAUAUCCUACCAAUAUUCAUUCUAGCUUCUCAAGCCCUCGCCUUUUGCUAUCGUUAUGUUCGGCCUUGCUCUACAUUUGUAGUUCCAAACGGAAGAGCUUGCGAUCCUUCCGCAGGCACAUGUUCAACCCUUGCAAGCAAUUAUUGCCCAAAACAUUAUGGUAGCAAUUUUUUUUGUAAAGGCGGCUUUUGCGAUAAUUGCAAGGAUGGGAAGUGUGGAACAUGCUUUCUUCGCUGCUGCGACUCGUAGAUGCAACGGCUUGGGCUCUGCCAAGACUUAUUCUGGUACAAGUUGGGUACUGCUCUCGCUACCACACUUGUUCAUCCCACAUUCAUAUAUAUAGCUGUCCUCCUUCAUAGCUACUCAGACAAUGCAAUCCCCCUCUUCCUCGA